CAAAGUGGGAUCAGUCCCUCGGGAGUCCCCACCGCGACCACUGCAGACUGCGGGACUGGGGGCGGGGGCAUGCACAAUUGUCCCCAUCCUUCUCCGCCCCGCCUAGCGAGUUCUGCCUGAUCUCUUGGCCUAAUUCCCUGGUGGAAGUCCAGAGCCGGCUGUGGAGAGGGAAGGCCAUCUCCCCACCCCGCCCUGCGGUCCUCUGUCCCGCAGGCACAGGGCCUUAGGGCCUCCUCGGGUGCAGGCCCUCGCUCCGGGUGACCCUGGUAGCCAGCGCGGCAGGUGCAGCCCCGAGGCAGCGCGUGGCAGAUGCAGAUCUCCAGAGUGGUACCCGUGACAGCCGUGAAGUCAUUCCAGGCUGUCAGCCCUGUGUCUGACAAUCUGAUGUGAAGAUGGCAGCCAGGGUGAUCUGGGGUAGCCUCGGCCUGCUUCGAGUCUUGUGGUGUCUCCUUCCCCAGACUGGCUACAUACACCCAGAUGAGUUCUUCCAGUCCCCCGAGGUCAUGGCAGGUGCGCACCAGCACACUCAGCUUGAGAACAAGAACCAUGGCAUGGGGGGCCUAACUCCGCCACAGGGCUCAACAGAGGACAUCCUUGGAGUGCAGGCUUCGCGGCCCUGGGAGUUUUACCCCAGCAGCUCCUGCCGCACCGUGGUCUUUCCACUGCUGACCUCUGGCUCUACCUUCUGGUUGCUCAGGCUCUGGGAAGAGCUGGGGCCCUGGCCUGGUCUGGGUGACAAUGAAGAACAAGAAAAAUUACUGAAGAAAAGCUGUACAUUAUAUGUUGGAAAUCUUUCCUUUUAUACAACUGAAGAACAGAUUUAUGAACUCUUCAGCAAAAGUGGUGACAUAAAGAAGAUCAUCAUGGGUCUGGAUAAAAUGAAGAAGACGGCAUGUGGGUUCUGUUUUGUGGAAUACUAUUCGAGAGCGGACGCAGAGAAUGCCAUGCGGUACAUAAACGGGACUCGUCUGGAUGACCGGCUCAUCCGCACAGACUGGGAUGCAGGCUUUAAGGAGGGCAGGCAGUAUGGACGUGGACGAUCCGGGGGUCAGGUUCGAGAUGAGUAUCGGGAAGACUACGAUGCUGGCAGAGGCGGCUAUGGCAAACUGGCACAAAAACAGUGAGUGGAGAGAGCCCAGUACAGCUCACUCUUGACUGUUGAUGAGUGUGACCCAAGGGUCGGUCGGAUCUCUGUGGCAUGGAAGCCACUUCCGGUUUUCUUCUGAAAUAUUAAAAGACAGAAUCCAAAAGAAUGCCUUUAAUUCUGGUCUUAUUAGGUUGACUUUCUGUUACUAGGUCAAAAACUGUAAUCCUGGGCAACAGACUCAUUCUGUGCUGAUUAAACUGUCAGCCGGAAUCUACACUUCAUUUUAAGAACUGACUUUAUAGCCGGGCGGUGGUGGCGCACGCCUUUAAUCCCCGCACUUGGGAGGCAGAGGCAGGCGGAUCUCUGUGAGUUCAAGGCCAGCCUGGGCUACAGAGUGAGUUCCAGGACAGGCUCCAAAAGCUACACAGAGAAACCCUGUUCAAAAAACAAGACAAAAAAAAGAAUUGACUUUACAAGUAGUCUGGUAAUCUUCAUGGGGAGUGAUGUCAUUUUUUACAUUUUAGGUUUGCAUGUGUAUUGCUGAGAUUUUGCUAUAGUCUGUAGCUUUGCUCUAAAUUAGGAACAGGUACUUUCAACUGGAUUUGCUUUUUAUAUUUCAAUAUGGCUGGCACAAAAGUCAGCCUUAAUUAAGGCCCUAUGAUGCUACCUGCUUCUGUGCUUUAUAUUGUCAGGACAGUAUCAGGACUUGAAGAAUGGUCACUAAACACAUUCCUCAAAAGAUACAAAUGUUUCACUGACAAUUUAAAACAAAACAAGAAACAACAACAGAAAACCCAGAAACAAACAAAAACCCUCAAGGACUUUGUUAGAGAGUCUCUGUUAUCCUAAGAAGUUGGGGAAAGACACUUGUCAGCAGGGAAUGGAAUGAAAGUUCAAACACUGUCUGGACAUGGAAGCUGCGAUUGGGCCAUUGGAUUAUUGUUUCCUAUUUUCAAAAUGACUUGGACUAGAAUGGGCUUUUAAAGGGGGCUUCAGCCAGGCCUAUAAUCCUGGCUACUUAGGAGGCUGAAGCAAGAGAAUCAAAAGUUCAAGGCCAGGUGGGGCACCUUUGAGUCUGCCUCAAAAUAGGAACAGAAAAGGGGUGGGUGGGGGGCACAGUGGUUAGAUACUUAUGUGAGUGGUUCUGGGUUUAGGACUGCCUAAACAAUAAGAGUUUGAAACUGGGAAUGUUUAACAACAGAAAGCAUCCUCCAGGAAAUGUCUGUUGUAACUGGUACACAUCCUUCAGUCUGUUUUCUUUUUUUCCCUCAAAUUGUGCUUGCUGAGGCCCGUGCAUUAACAGUAAGCUGGAGGUCUCUACAGAGAGAGUCUAGAGGAUUUUGCGUUUUCUUUCUAAUACUACAUAUGAGUAAUUUUUCAAGAUAGAAAAAAAAGGGAAAUCUUUUCAUCUGUUACUUUUUUACUAAAGCAUCUUCUAAUUCUCACUAGUUUUUCAAAGUUGGGGCAGAACAUCUUUGAGGCUGAAUUAAGUGUGGUUUUCUUGGAGCUGUAACUACUGUAGUGGACCAGCUUAGGAAGCCCGUUUGCAAACUUAAUGAGGAGACACUUGAGUUUUAAAAUAAAGGUUUUUGUACUGCAGUUUGAACCGUUUAUCAUAUUCUUUUGUAGUAAAAUGUAACUCAGAUUUCUAUAAUCUUGUGACCCAAAACAGUGGGAAUUUUAUCUUCUGUAACAAGUUUCAAUAAAUUUAGACCAACUUA